AUGGAGAGGAAAUUAACUCGAGAAGAUUUCAUGCGGAAGAGCUUCCGCGCUCCGAGAUUGUCCCAAACACCAGAGGCUCAGUCGCCGACUGUUAACGGGGCUCCCCCACCGUCCCCAGUUUCACUAGCAAUGUUAGAAAGAACCCCUCAAGCGUCAAAGGCUAAAUAUGAAGGCGCGUCAACCGGCAUAGCACCCAAGCGCUUAGAACUGAACAGAGCUCAUCCGAUACAUCUGAAAUCGUUCCAAACCCCAGACCCUCCAGACGAAAAUGGCCCAACGCCCCCAUCCGACGACGUUCUACGCAAACUUGAAAGACAGAUCGGGGAAAUGGAACGCGGACUGGAACGCGCCCAGAAUGGGAACGUAGAGGUUGACGAACGGGUGAGAUACGCCGAGCAUGAGAACUUGUUACGAACUGGGGUCUCUUCGGUUGGUGGUGGAGGUUAUCUACCCACAGAUUCUGAUACGGAACACGAUGUGGUUCCAUUCAACAGAAACGAAACUACGCGAAGUAGUACAGGGGGUACCGCUCCUGCUACCCGUCCUGCCACUAGACUCGCACGAACACAUUCCGACACCCAACAGCAUAAUGUUGCCGCUACAGCGAGACUGAUGAGGAAGUUGGCUGAUGGCGGUACUAAAGACGAAAAAACCAAGGUGAUUUCGCGCAAAGCGAUACAAGCGCGCAUGGAACGCGUUAAGAAUUCGGUUGUGGGAACGAAACACGAGCACCGAGUGCUGGCAGAGCAUAAAGCGGAGCCUCUCCCGUCGCGGACACCAACGUCUCCUGUCUCGCCCAGGUCUUCCGUUCAGAGCGCGUCGGAGUCGUCGGCGGGCGCGGGUGGCGGGGGCUCCGCUGGCGGCAGUGCGAGGGUUUCCUCCCGGUCAAGGACUUCAGAGGAACCCCAUAUUGGCAAGUACAAACUCCUGAAGACAAUCGGUAAGGGGAACUUCGCGAAGGUGAAACUAGCGAAGCAUGUACCCACUGGGAAAGAGGUCGCGAUCAAGAUCAUCGACAAGACCCAACUCAACCCUGGCUCGUUACAGAAGCUGUUCAGAGAGGUACGGAUAAUGAAAAUGCUGGACCACCCGAACAUUGUAAAACUGUUCCAAGUGAUCGAGACAGAGAAGACGUUAUAUCUCGUAAUGGAAUAUGCGUCUGGUGGCGAAGUGUUCGACUACCUAGUACUACACGGCCGUAUGAAGGAGAAGGAAGCGCGAGCCAAGUUCCGUCAGAUUGUCUCCGCAGUACAGUAUUGCCAUCAGAAGCGGAUCAUACACAGGGAUCUCAAGGCUGAAAAUCUUCUACUGGAUGGCGAAAUGAACAUCAAAAUAGCAGACUUCGGUUUCUCGAAUGAGUUCACACCUGGCUCAAAGCUGGACACUUUCUGCGGCAGUCCACCUUACGCGGCGCCGGAACUGUUCCAAGGCAAGAAGUACGACGGUCCGGAAGUGGAUGUUUGGUCGUUGGGUGUGAUUCUGUAUACAUUGGUAUCAGGAUCACUACCGUUCGACGGCUCUACAUUGAGGGAAUUGAGGGAAAGGGUACUUCGUGGCAAAUAUAGAAUACCGUUCUACAUGUCGACGGAUUGUGAAAACCUCCUUAAGAAGUUCCUGGUACUGAACCCGGCGAAGCGAGCCUCUCUGGAAAACAUAAUGCGGGACAAGUGGAUGAACACGGGAUACGAGGAAGACGAGCUCAGACCCUACAUCGAACCCCAGCAGGACUUCAAGGACCAUAAACGGAUAGAGGCGCUAGUGUGCUUAGGCUACAAUAGACAAGAGAUCGAGUAUUCACUGGCCGAAGCGAAAUACGACGAUGUCUUCGCUACCUAUUUACUGCUGGGAAGGAAAAGCACCGAUCCGGAGUCAGACGGGAGUCGGUCGGGAUCGUCGCUGUCUCUGCGCAACACGGCCGCGCCUCAGCCUCAGCAGCAACAGACCAACUCGCACGCCGGCGCGUGCGGGUCGCCCAUGCACCGCGGCGUGCAGCGCAGCAUCUCGGCCUCCGCGCGCCCCGCCGCCUCGCGCCGCGCCUCCUCCGGCGCCGAGGUGCUGCGCGCGCAAGUGGGAACAACAACCAGCGCCGCGAACAACACUACGUCCACCGCGACCACGACCACAUCCAACUUCAAAAGACAGAACACGAUCGAUUCAGCGUCCAUUAAAGAGAACACUGCGCGUAUCGCUCAGAUGCAGGUGCAGAACACGACGCGGCCCAGCAGCGCGCAGCCCAAGCUGGAGCCGCGCUCGCGCACGCUCACCGGCGGCCAGCGCCGCGCCGCGCUCGACGCGCCGCCGCACGCGCACGCCGCGCACCCCGCACACCCCGCGCACCCCGCGCACCCCGCCCACCCCACGCCCGCCAAGCUCUCCCCGCCCAACGACAGCCCCAGUGCAACGCAAGCGGAGACUAAGAACGGGGUGGGGGGAGGGAAUGGGGGUGAGAAGGGGGCAGCGCCCGGCACCGGGGGUGCGGGAUCGGGGGCCUCCGGGGGCAAAACUCACGUGAAAAGCGCCUCCAUUUCGUCCGGCAGUGGGGCCACGCCCCUCAGUGCGGAGCCUUCGCCCCACAACGCAUCCGCGCGAGAUCUAGCGCCGCCGCGCCCAAGCCUGAACUCGAGCUUGUCGGCGGGCGGCGGGACGGGCACGGGCGCGGGCGGUGCUCGGCGUGAGUUCCCCAACCCGCUCGUGUUCCCCAGGAACGUGCCCUCCAGGUCCACCUUUCACUCAGGGCAGACGCGGGCGCGCGGCGCGAGCGCGGGCGGCGCGUACGGCGACGGCGGCUCGCCGCACCAGGCGCGCCCCUCCUUCUUCUCCAAGCUCUCCUCGCGCUUCUCCAAGCGCCUAUCCGUGUUGGGUGAAGCGACUGGACGUCCGAAACCUCGCAUAUUUUCCUCUUUGGACAUACAGCGGAGGCCAUUGGACGGUACCACUCCGAAGCAUGCUGUAGGCGCUAGCCCACAAGCCCUGCUUGGGCAAGGCAACGAGGAGCAAGUCAAGCCGCGCGUGCUUCGCUUCACUUGGAGUAUGAAGACCACUUCAUCACGAGACCCAAACGAGAUAAUGGCUGAGAUUCGAAAGGUGUUAGACGCAAACAACUGUGACUAUGAGCAACGAGAGCGUUUCCUGUUACUGUGCGUGCACGGCGACCCGAACGCGGAUUCGCUGGUGCAGUGGGAGAUCGAAGUGUGCAAGCUGCCCCGGUUGUCACUCAAUGGUGUGAGAUUCAAGCGGAUAUCGGGCACGAGCAUCGGCUUCAAGAACAUCGCGUCAAAGAUCGCGAACGAGCUCAAGCUGUGA